CAGGAGAUUUCUCUAUCUGUUGCCAUACAGUACCGAUGGCAGGGACAAAACAAAUAAAAUUUGAAACGGUAUGUUGCCAUGGUGCAAAAGGUCGCGCAAUACUGAUAAAUUUCAAACUGGAAAUUUUUGACGUUUUCGUGAUGAAAAGAUUGUUAUAAAUUUACAUGUAAAAUAUUGCUUGAAACCCAGUAUUGAACUUGUUAUUACAAGAUCGACGGAGAAAAUCAAAUAUCUCUGGCAGUGUAAGGAUCCUUAACUGCAUUUGCAAUCAUACGAUUACCUAUACUGCAUUUAAUAAUUGCUUGCUGGGCACACAUAAAAUCUACAUGACCAAUGUGCUACAAGUAUCUCAUGUUUUGUACGUCUUGUGUGAAGACAGAACUCGAGAUUUUGGUCGGUAUUUGGCACCAUGUGUCACAUGAGCGUCAUGCCAACACACAAUCUCGUCUGCAGAGCCUCCCAUUCCUUUUAGCAGGCGGGACCAUGGCGCGAAGAAGAGAUGGCUCUAGAGGAACAGAAGUUGAUUGGCUAAAUUCUUGAGCUACUGGAGUUUGACUUUCGUUGCCGAAAAUACCCACUGCUUGAUCUCCAAAAUAAUUUACAGCACCCACUGACCUCGACAGAUUCUGGCUAAAAACGGCAUCCAUAUAUAUGUUUCACUUUUGAUCAGGUGAUAUUUUACUUCUAACAGUCUGUUCCUGUUAAUUUGUGCAAAAGAAAUAUGUGAUCGUUUACCCACCCUUCAGUCAUGGAUUUCAUGUGUAGGCCAUCAUCCUCGUCCCAAAUUAGCCGUCGUGGAAUGGGCACGGGGAAAAGGUGACUGUGUUGAUACAUGAUUUGUUGGCCAAACUAUUGGAUUUAGAUUUUCGUAUUUUAACGCUGAUUUCUUUCCAGAAAGGCUCUAAUAGACUAGAUCUUAGCACGAGGAAUAAAACACAAAUAGCGGUUUUAUUCCUCGUUAAACUACGAUGGCCCAAGAACAAAAGCCUUUAGAUCUUAGCACCUAUAGACCCGCCUGUCGCUAGGAAGAAUUUUCACUGUAAUACUACAUGCUCUAGCUCACAACACGCAGGUAGCCAAGCUUAUCCGAACAAAAGCGAAAAAACAAAACAAAAAAAAACCAGGACACAACAACAGCUAGCGACCACAACAAGUAGCUUUAUUUGUACGACCAGUGAAAACGGUAUUAUAAAGCAGUACAUCUGUGAAUUGCUCAGUUACGACGAGCUUCAUUUGAAAGCGUUUGUUUUCUGGUGAAAGUAUGGCAUGGAUAACCUCCAGGUUAUCCAUGCUUCCGGAACUCUCGGAGAGGAAUAUUGGUCAAGAGAACUCACAAGGCACGAUUUCACAAAAAGUAAUUCAGACAGCAAAUUCUGUCAUUGGUGAGGUUGCCUUAGGACAAAUAACUCCACUACGGGUGAAGAUGCUUUCGGAAAGUAACCAAACCUCUGCUUUUCUCUUCUUCAUCUUUAAAGAUUCUCAGUGAAUUCUUUUCUCGUUAAUUUCCAGUUCACUAGUUCUUUCUGCCGCGAGUCUGAAAAUUCAAAUUGACGUUGCCAGGAGCCCAUGACGUUACUUAUCAAUGGCCCCGAUCAAUUGCAUCGAACAAGUAAAGGCUAUUACGGAAGAGCUUUCACUUGACCAGAAAAUAUGAUAUAAAUAGUCCUCGUUUUAGUGGAUAGUUUAUUAGUAACCAUAGCAACGUCUUGACGAGCUUCAUUUCAGACAGUCAAAGGAAGGAAGUCCUAGAAGUUUUGAUAUUGUCGGGAUAUUAAAUACGGCAAUAACUCACUGACUGUUUGUUUAAUAUUCAGUUAAUGUAAAUCUAAAGGAAGCAAUGAAUUCGGUUUUUCCGGUAGAGCAAAAUUAAUUUCUGGGUGAAUGUCAAAACGGACUGUUAAUUUCAUUUGCGUUUAACAAAUAAUACGUUGUUUUAUUUCAGUAUCACGAAAUCUUGGGAGAAAUAAAAUAAUGAAUUUCACUUUGGUAGAAACCAGAAAACAAUGGAAUCUCAGUUCAAAAUUUGGGGAGAAACUGAAAAACGAAAUAUAUCAGUUUGGUAACGAUUCCCUGCGGAAAAACCGGGGAAACGAAUCGUAAGUGAUGUAUUUUCAGGGAAACCGAAGAACGACGAGUCAUUUUCUUAGCUAUCUUUAAAUCUCGUUAGGUAAGAAGGACGAAAUAUCAGUUUCGUAUCGUGGACGGAAUAUCAUUUGCAUUCAUCACGCUUGAGAAGGCAUAACUGUACUACAUGGUAUUAACCUCAGGUAUAAGACAGAGCUCUAAGAAGAAUAAUACUUCAGCUUCGUCAUGAACUCUACAUUGACUACAAUUGAGGUGUUUGCUGAGCAGUUAAAAAGCCGAUCGACUGGCGUUCGAGUAACAGAAUCCCUCUUUAUGUUGCUGAUCAACUUUGUUUCUUUUACCGGAAACCUUCUGCUUGGAAUCGCAGUCAUCAAAAACCCGAAUCUUCGCAGAACUGUUCCAAACAUGUAUAUUAUAACUUUGGCUGUUUCAGACUUCCUCAUGUCUUUGCUGGGGAUUCCAUUUUCAGUGGCUUCUCUUAUCGUUGGAAAAUGGUCUUUAAACAACUUUGUAUGCCAGCUUCAAGGAUUCUGGAUUCUUUUGAUGUGCGCCGUGUCGUUACAAACUUUAGCCCUGACCGCUGUAAACAGGUAUUUUCGAAUUGUUCGUUCGCGCACGCUGUAUCAGAAACUUUUCAACAUGAAGACAACAAAAGUAACAAUCGUGAUUCUGUGGAUAGUGGCUUUUUUUGCACCUCUUCCGUACGUUGCAGCUGGACACGAGUUUUUCUUUCACACUGGAAAAGUUUUCUGUGCGCACGACGCUGAAAGCCUGUAUGAAGGUUACGGAGCUUAUCUGGUUCUCGUUUAUGUCCUCAUUCCUCUAAUUAUUAUCGUAACUUGCUACACAAGAGUAUUCAUUGCUGUGCGGAAGCAUAAUCAUGCAACAUUCCGACAAUCACGGAUCCACCCUCCAGCAAGAGAACAGCCUACACACAUGUCUAUCACGUUAAGACUCUCAGUAGAUGAAGUGAACAUUACCUAUAUGCUUCUAGUCGUUGUGAUAGGCUUUCUAACUUGCUGGACUCCUGUUAUGGUAAUCGAUAUGAUCGACUUUAUAAACGCUGACUGGAAGAUGAAACGACAAGUGUAUGUGAGUUACACUUGUUUUGGAUUUGCCAGCACCUCGCUCAACCCCGUCAUAUACGGCAUCAUGAAUCGUUCCUUCCGUGCAGAAUACUUGAGAAUUUUAACAGUGUUUAAGAGACGCAUUUUCGGGUCAGAGUUAAAUGCUCAAAGAGUUGAUCAGGUGCAGGCUGCAACUGUUCAAAAUGCAUACGCAUCCUGCAUCUGUUAACUCUAUAAAUCACUUUUAGCGAGACAUUCUUACGUGUAUGGUUGUCGGUUAGAACAUACAACUUCGUUGGCCGUGUAUUUUACUCUGUGUUAUUUGGCAUGUAC